AUGUCGAACUCCGGCGAUGCAAACACAACAUCACAAGAACAAGAGCUAGAAUGGGCUACAAUGGCUCAAGCGUGGCUUUGUUCUUUCCCUGAGGCCAAAGAAGUAAGCAUGGCGGAGGUUGAAGCUUGGAUCGACGCUAACCUCUCUUCUCUUCCGGAGGGCAUCCAAUCCAUGCCUCGCUCCGAUCUCUGUCUCAGGCUCAUUUCGAUUCAAAAUUGCAUGAGACUCCCAAAUCAGGAAAAUGAAGCGAACAAUCUUGAUGUUCCUCAUGCUAGGUUUCAACGCACUGAUCAAUGGCUUCCGGUUUAUUCGUGGUUAGAAACUUUAAAUAAGGAUGAAGUGGUUAAGUCUAAGGAAAUUUCUGAUUGGUUAGAGCAGAACCCUAAGAUUCAAGAACAGUUAUGCUCUAGGCAUUCGAGAUAUCAUUUGAUGCACUAUGUUAAAAAAUGCCAUUUCAAAAUAUUGAAAAGAAGGCAAAAGGGGAAGGGUUUAGUAGAACAGCCUGGCAAAGACAUGUCAUUAAAGGUUCAGAAAGAUGUGGCGAUGAAACAACCAGCCCCAUUUCCAAAUAGUUCUGUAAACAAUCUUCCCAAAGAUAGUGAUUUGUACUUGGCCAAAAGAAAUGAAGCCUAUCAAAAAUAUGAGAUUUUACUUGAGUUGGAGAAGCUGUUUUCCCCAAUAUUCUCAAAGCCCCCUAUCAUAAACCAGUGA